GGAUAUGUAAAGUCCCGAUAUUAUACUAUCUUAGUGUAUAAAACACGGCUCGUUUUGUUCAACUUCAUAAGUCAUUACCAAGUUCUUAUGUACUGCGUACUUAGGUACUCUGUGAUUAAAAUAUACCUAUUAUAAUAAUCGUCAAAGUAAUCAAUUAAAAUGAAGUUAACUAAAGUGUUUGUGAUUUUGAUCGUGGUGGUUGCACUUCUGGUGCCUUCUGAAGCGGCUCCAGGAAAGAUACCCGUGAAGGCAAUUAAAAAGGCGGGCGCAGCGAUUGGUAAAGGUCUCCGGGCGAUUAACAUAGCCAGCACUGCGCAUGAUGUCUAUUCCUUCUUCAAACCAAAACACAAGAAGAAACAUUAA